GGAGUGCGCGGCCCGACCGCGUCCGCCAUAUUGGAUGCCGCAGCCGCCGCGGUCAGCGCUUCCUCCUGUGUCUUCGCUGCGCGCUGCAGGUUCCCCCGGCCUAGGCGGCGGGCAGGCGACGCGGGAGCCUGUGGGAGGAAGAGGAAGGAGGAGGAGAAGGGGGUGGGGAGUGGAGGGGGCCCGAGCCUGGAGUGUGGAGGCCGCCGCCGAGCGGGGCGGAGAAGCAAGAGAAGGCGCCGCGCCAGCCCCUCCCCCGCCGCCGACCCGCCCCGGCGGCCUCCGUCCUGCUCGCUGCGCCCGCCCCGCGGCCAUGCCGGGGCCUCGCCGGCGCUGAGGAGCGUCGCCUGCUCGCCCUGCGCCGCGGCCUCCUGGGCCCGUCGCCCGCCCGCCCUCUGCGCACGCAACGUGCCGGCCGCCGCCUCUUCCUUCGCCGGGCCCCGGGCCUCUGCGCAGACAACAUGGAGGCCGUGAAGACCUUCAACAGCGAGGAUUGUGCCUCUACUCCUGCUUGUACAGACUGCUUUUCCAGCAGCAUGGACACAAGGAGCAUAUUAUAUUCGCUGAAUGACUAUAAACCACCCAUUUCUAAGGCGAAAAUGACCCAGAUUACAAAGGCAGCCAUCAAAGCUAUUAAGUUCUAUAAACACGUGGUACAAAGUGUCGAGAAAUUCAUUCAGAAAUGUAAACCAGAAUACAAGGUACCUGGACUGUAUGUUAUUGACUCCAUUGUGCGACAAUCCCGGCAUCAGUUCGGUCAAGAAAAGGAUGUGUUUGCACCCAGAUUUAGUAAUAACAUCAUUAGCACUUUCCAGAAUUUAUAUCGUUGCCCUGGGGAUGACAAGAGUAAAAUAGUGAGAGUAUUAAACUUGUGGCAGAAGAAUAAUGUCUUUAAGAGUGAGAUUAUCCAGCCUCUUCUGGAUAUGGCAGCAGGGAUUCCUCCCCCAGUCGUCACCCCAGUUUUGGCCAGCACCACUGCAGCUAUGAGCAAUACUCCAGGAACCCCUGUGACACCUGUUACUCCAGCCAAUGUUGUCCAAGGCUUACCUGAUCCAUGGGUGUCUCAGAUAACAAACACAGACACACUGGCAGCGGUUGCUCAGAUCCUACAGAGUCCUCAAGGUCAGCAGCUUCAGCAGCUCAUACAAACCUUACAGAUACAACAGCAGAAACCCCAGCCUUCCAUCCUACAGGCCUUGGAUGCUGGUCUUGUGGUUCAAUUGCAGGCACUGACAGCACAGCUUACAGCUGCAGCCGCAGCAGCCAACUCCCUUACACCCUUGGAUCAGGGAGUCUCCUUCAACAAGAAGUUGAUGGAUAGGUUUGAUUUUGGGGAAGAUUCUGAGCACAGUGAAGAAUCCAAAAAGGAAAUUCCUACUCCUCAACUUUCUCAUGUUUCCGAAUCUGUGAACAACUCCAUCUUCCAUCAGAUUGCGGAGCAGCUGCAGCAGCAAAACCUGGAGCACCUUCGACAGCAGCUCUUGGAGCAGCAGCAGCCUCAGAAGGUAACUCCUCAAGAUAGCCAGGAGGGAACAUUUGGGUCAGAGCACUCAGCAUCACCCUCACAAGGAAGUAGCCAGCAGCAUUUUCUGGAACCUGAAGCAAAUUUAGAUGAUUCCAUAGACAUUCAGCAACAGGAUAUGGAUAUUGAUGAAGGACAAGAUGUUGUUGAAGAGGAGAUCUUUGAACCAGAAGCUAAGAAAGUAGCUGUUCGCUCAAGAUCAAGAACUCAUUCGCGAUCUCGAUCAAGAUCACCAAGAAAACGAAGGUCCAGGUCACGAUCUGGGUCGCGAAAGCGAAAACAUAGGAAGCGAUCCCGCUCCCGCUCUAGAGAAAGAAAGAGAAAAUCAUCACGGUCAUAUUCAAGUGAAAGAAGAGCCAGAGAAAGGGAGAAAGAACGCCAAAAAAAGGGAUUGCCUCCUGUCAGAUCAAAAACUCUAAGUGUGUGCAGCACUACUCUCUGGGUUGGCCAAGUGGAUAAGAAGGCUACACAGCAAGAUCUAACCAACCUUUUUGAGGAGUUUGGACAAAUUGAAUCUAUUAAUAUGAUUCCACCCAGGGGCUGUGCAUAUGUCUGUAUGGUUCAUCGACAAGAUUCUUUUCGUGCUCUUCAGAAACUGAGUUCAGGAUCCUAUAAAAUUGGUUCCAAGGUCAUUAAGAUUGCCUGGGCUUUGAACAAAGGUGUAAAGACGGAGUAUAAACAGUUCUGGGAUGUGGAUCUUGGAGUCACAUACAUACCCUGGGAAAAAGUUAAAGUGGAUGACUUGGAUGGCUUUGCGGAAGGAGGCAUGAUAGACCAGGAAACUGUAAAUGCUGAAUGGGAAACUGUGAAAACCUCAGAACCCGUUAAAGAGACGGUCCAGACUACACAGAGUCCAACUCCAGUUGAAAAGGAGACAGUGGUCACGACACAGGCAGAGGCUUUCCCUCCGCCUGUGGCCAUGCUGCAGAUUCCAGUAGCUCCAGCGGUUCCUGCAGUUAGUCUAGUUCCACCAGCGUUUCCUGUGUCGAUGCCGGUCCCCCCUCCUGGAUUUAGCCCAAUCCCUCCUCCUCCUUUUCUACGAGCAAGCUUUAACCCUUCACAACCACCUCCUGGUUUUAUGCCACCUCCGGUUCCCCCACCUGUUGUACCUCCCCCUGCAAUUCCUCCAGUAGUACCAACAUCUUUAGUGCAGCCACCCUUGCCCAUGACCCCGGAAACUGUGAAAGACGUUGGAUUUGGCGGCCUUGUUUUACCGGGUGGCUCUGUUGCCAGCAGUCUCGCUCCGUCAACUCUUUCAGCUGGAAAUGUUUUUAAUCCUCCCAAUAAAGCAGAGCCUGAAGAAAAAGUACCUCACCUUACAGAACACCAGAUUCCUUCUGGUGAAAACACCAGACCAGUGAUUCCAAAUGAAAUUCCAAGUAGUGCUGCAAUGUUAGCACAGCCGCCUGGCCCCGCAAACACCUCCGGGAUCCUGUGUGUGCAGAGACCAAAUGUGUCAAGUAAUUCUGAAAUUCUGGGGGUUCGGCCAGCUAAUGUUUCCAGUAAUGCUGCAAUUAUUGGAGCCCAGCCACCAAAUAUUCUAAAUAACUCUGGAAUUUUGGGCAUACAGCCACCAAAUGUGUCGAGUGGCUCUGGACUUCUUGGGGUACUGCCUCCAAACUUGCCUAACAACUCUGGACUUGUAGGACUACAGCCACCAAAUGUUACAAAUCCUGCUGGACUUUUGGGAACACAGCCACCAAUUGGACCUCAAAAUUUACCUCCCUUAACUAUCCCAGCUCAAAGGAUGCCUACAUUGCCAAUGUUAGACAUCCGUCCAGGACUGAUACCACAGGCUCCUGGACCAAGAUUCCCUUUACUACAGCCUGGAAUCCCCCCCCAACGGGGGAUCCCUCCCCCAUCGGUACUUGAUGCAGCUCUUCACCCGCCACCCCGUGGACCUUUUCCUCCUGGAGAUCUUUUUAGUCAGCCAGAAAGACCUUUUCUGGCUCCUGGAAGACCAAGUAUAGACAAUAUUCCCAACCCAGAUAAACGAAUACCACUUGGGAAUGACAAUAUUCAGCAGGAAGGGGAUAGAGAUUACCGGUUUCCUCCUGUAGAAACAAGGGAGGGCAUUAAUAGACCUCCCCCGGUGGAUGUUAGGGAUGUGGUUGGGCGACCUAUAGAUCCCCGAGAAGGCCCUGGAAGGCCUCCAUUAGAUGGUAGGGAUCAUUUUGGAAGACCUCCUGUGGACAUGAGAGAGAAUCUUGUGAGGCCAGGUCUAGAUCAUCUUGGUCGAAGAGACCACUUUGGCUUUCCCCCAGAGAAGCCUUGGGGGCAUAGAGAUUUUGAUGAAAGAGAGCAUCGAGUUCUGCCUGUCUUUGGUGGUCCAAAAGGCUUACAUGAAGAAAGAGGUAGAUUUCGGGCUGGAAGUUACCGAUUUGAUCCUAGAAGUGGUCCUUGGAACAGAGGAUUUGCGCAAGAAGUUCACAGAGAUUUUGAUGACCGCAGAAGACCCUGGGAGAGGCAGAGGGAUAGGGAUGACAGAGAUUUUGAUUUCUGCAGAGAAAUUAAUGGAAAUCGUCUUGGACGAGAUAGAAUUCAAAACACUUGGGUCCCCCCUCCUCAUGCUCGGGUGUUUGAUUAUUUCGAAGGGGCCACUUCUCAACGAAAAGGUGAUAAUGUGCCUCAAGUUAACGGUGAAAAUACAGAGAGGCAUGCUCAGCCACCGCCUUUACCAGUACAGAAGGACCCUGAACUCUAUGACAAACUGGCGUCUUCAGGUGACGUAGACAAGGAGGAGAGCGGCACAGUUGCUGAUGUAGAAAGUGAAGCAGUGGUGGUUGAGAGCACAGAGACUGAGGGGACAUAACCAUCGCUCAGUAGGCAAGAUGAUGAAUGAAGUCCUGGCAGCUUCCCGGGUCCCAGGCCUUGUAGAAAUAAAUGAGACAGACGUGCUUCAAAGUUCUAAUGGGCAUCACACCGGAAGCAUUAAAAGGAGCCCCGCCGUUGCCUGUUGAGAAGGCUCUGUGCUCUCAGGCGAGGUUUCCGAUUGAAUCCAGAGGUUGCAAGCAUGCCUCCCUGUAUUACCUGUCGGAGCAGGUUUAAUUUUAUAAAUUUCUAGACACAAACUCUAUGAGUUUCUAGUUCAUAGUCGUUCUUUUUGAGGAUCCACUCAGACGAACAGUAUUACAUCCGUAAGAGAUACGCACUCCCACUGCCCAGAACCGGUUGAGGAUUCGGUGGCAACAAACUCCAUCAGUAGCAUCGUCCAGUGCAUGAUGGGAAGGACAGAGGGUGAGGAACCCCUCCCAGGGAGAGUCAUACUGUGCCGGACCUACAGAUGGCCAGAACCAUAGUGUUACUACACCAGCGAUUUCUUUCCCCCCCCUUGAACACAGUAGAUGCUUACUCUACUGCAAAGCCAUGUACAAAGCCUGGCCGUGGCUUCAAUCCAUUGUCAUGAGUCACUUCCUUGGACACUCAAAAACACUUGAAAGUUGUAAGCUUUCAUUUUUAAAAUCCUUUUUAAUGCAGCUCUGAGAAAAUCCAGGGUUCAACACACUGUCCCGAACCCUUUGGUCCAGCCUCCCUAUCCUGUCUGUCCUGCAAGCAGCAGGCACCCAGGUGGAGGUGAAAAGCCUUGUGGGAGAGGAGGGAGACUGUAAUGACCAGGCCUACUGCAUGGGCAUUGACCACACUUCAUGAGUCAUUUCCUAGGAGCUUCUAAUCCAGGCAGAGACCAUGGCAGGUUGCUGCAGGAGUCCAGACCUGAUCCGUGUUUUUGACAACCACAACCACCAGUGUUCACACAAUACCCAGGGGAGGGGAGGACUCAAAAACUCAAAUAUGAGCAUCAUUUAUACCCAAAAGAAUAUUUUUACUCAUUCUUUUGUUUGUUUUGUCAAAAGAAAAAAAAAUUAACGUGCUUGGAAUUCUUUAUCUGUGGUCCCUUGGAAUGUAAUCAACGAGAACCUAACACCCCCCACAGUAUGCUGUCACUUUGGACAUUCAUAAUAAAAGCUGAAACUCCUUUUG